AAAGUCGGCGUCUCUCUUUGUGGACGACGAGAGCUCACUCUUCCCUGGUUUUUCAACCCAUCAACUUCAGAGCCCAGUCAGUGUGCAAAUGGGUUCCAAAUUACCAAAGCUUGAAGAGAGAUUAGGAGAAGAUAGGAUCAGCCAACUGCCAGAUGAUGUUCUUGCUCGCAUACUCUCUUUACUUGACAAUACAGUUUUAGCUGUGCAGACCACCAUUCUAUCUAAACGUUGGAAAGACUUAUGGAAAUCCAUUUCUUUUAUUCGGUUGGGUGAUGUUAGUAUUGAUGUCGUCGAUGAUCGUUUCAUGACACUUGUUGACAGUGUGGUUACCUAUCAUGGCUCAACAGACAUCCUAAAAUUUCAUCUAUCUUAUAAUAAUGAUGGCACACGAGAUGAUAUGUUAGCUGAUGACUACAUUUGUAUUCGUAGAUGGAUUUGCACUGUUGUUCAACACAAUGUCGCCGAGCUUCAUCUUAAUCUUUUCAAUUUAGAGGGUAAUGAACAAGAGUUCCCUUUUUUGAUUCCUGAAUGUCUUUUCAUGUGUACAACACUAGUUGCUUUGAAGGUGGACUCCAAUAGUAUUUGUUUCUCAAAUUGCCCUAUAGAAGGGUGUUUCCCAAGGCUCAAGGUCCUUUAUGUUGAUAUUGAUGAUUCUGAUCAGGUAUCAAGGAAAUCACUAGAAAACCUUUUUCCUUGUUUCCCUGUACUUGAAGAGCUGACUAUCCGUGGGGCUAUUUUUGAGUCGAAUAUCAAUAUCUCUGCUCCUGAACUGAAGACAUUAAGAAUGAAUUGCAGAUAUUGUGAUUCCGUCGUCUUUUUCAUUAAUGCCCCAAAGCUGGAAAACUUGGAUCUCAUGGAUGACUCUUUUCUUCCAAAUGAAUAUCACUUCAAGAAUGGAAGAUCUCUAAUCAAAGUUAAACUUACACUCCAGCAUGAUAAUUAUGCUUUUGAAGCUGAUGACCGUGCUGAUCACGCUACUGCUCUGUUUGCACAAAUUUCCAAUAUUGAAGAUCUGUCUCUUAGUCUUGAAGGUCUCUAUGUUUCCUACUUGCCUGAGUUUGUCAAACUGAGUCAAUUGGUGCUGGUUCUGCAUGGUUUCAAUUACUGGGAGUUUCUUAUUGAAUGUCUCAGGAGAUGUCCUAAUCUUAAACAUCUGAUCUUAGAACUUAAGGACAAUAAAUGGCGUGGCACAGACGACAAGCUAGAAUGGAAGUUUUCCAAUCCACAUCAGUGUCCUGCUUGUUUGGUGUCUCACCUCCAGACCAUCUCCAUAAAAGGCUUCAAGGGACAACAGGAUGAGAUGGACGUAGCCCAGUUUUUAUUAAAGAAUGGUGUAGUUUUGAAUACAAUGAGUAUCUACACUGUGAGUGAGGGUCUUCUGUCUACGAAGAAGUAUUUACGCACGGAACUUCUGAAACAUGUAGGGGGUUCAAAGUCUCGUGUUAUCUGGGCGGAUUGAAAUCAUCAUCAUAUGUAAGGGGUUCAAGGUCUUGUGUUAUGGUUCUGUUUCAAGUUAUUUAUUCCUUGUA